AUGAAUUCCGAAGAAUUAAGUGAAGUUAAUGAACAUAAACGUCUUAUAUUUCAAUGCUUUUGCUUUGGGUACACACCAGGAAAUCGAGUUGCCGUACAACUAACGAGAUUAGCCGUCAUGGUCUUGUUUAUGCUCUGCCAUAUUCCGAUACAAAGAUAUAAAUGGAGUAAUUUCACAUGUUUACUAUUUUCACUGAUAUACUCAUCGAUUAUCGUAAUCUUUUUAUUAAUAUUAUACUUUAUUUCCAAAUUGGUCAAUAAAACUUUCGAAAUGUCAUCAGACUCGCUAGAAGAUAUACCUACGGAGAGUCCUCCCCCUGGGAUAUCCAAGAUUCUUUGGGCCCAGAGGAAUCUCUAUUCAUUUGAAGAAGAUAAAUUACAGCAAACCGCCUUUGAUCUUAUCAACUCCGGAUUCCAACCAAGCGAAGUAUACGCGUUAGCCGAAUUCAUGAAGGAUUCGAUUGCCGGAGAAGUCGCACAGAAACAUAAAAACGAAACAAAACAUAAUUAUCUAAGAAUAGGAUCAAAAAUCAUGAAAUUCCCAUUGUCCAACAAAUCCUUUUUCGAGUUUUUUCCAUUCCCACGCAAUUUAUUCUACAUUUUAUUGGUUUAUAUUUCAUUAAUAAUCCAACUCUUUUUAGUAGCAAAAGAAUCGCAUUUAUUCCCAAGUAGAGACUACUUCUGGCUCUGUAUUGUAUCAGGAGCCUGUAUUUACUCAACAAUUCAGCCUCCUCCAACAGAAUAUUACUCAUUAACUUACGGACAUUUAGAAAACGGAAUUGCUCGACCAUUUUACCUUUCUUUAGUUCUAUUCUUUAUGUAUUUAACAGAAAAUCUCUAUAAUUUCGUUCCAAAAAUUGUUUCCCAUCUUAAUUUAGAUAUUUCAUUAGAUUACGACUCAUUUGUACCAUUUCUGAUCAAUGUAUUCAAGAUAUUUAUAUACGCAGCCCCUUUAAUCAGUAUUUGCAUGCUUUUGCAGCCAUCUCUUGUAAUUUUAUAUCUUUUAGAAGGAAUUAAUAGAUUUGUACUUGGUUAUCAAGGUUCACCAUCAUUGUUAUUAGGUAUUUUGCAGACAAUCAAAGGAGUUUUGGUUGGAAUUAUAUCUCAUUUUAUUUAUAAGUGGAAUAAUAAGUUUAAUACAUGCGUAUUGAUUAUAGUAGCGUUUGUAGUCAUUAAUAUACCAUUUAUUCGUUUCGAUUUUAGAGAAUUCCUCGUUUUUGUGUGGAAUUUAAUUUUAACUACAGGAUUUUCGAUUCUACACACUUUUUAUUACCAAAAAGAUGCCAACCGUAUUGUAGCAACUGUAGUUAUUCUAUUAGAUGCAGCCGCUUACUAUUGUUCGACAAAUGCUCAAUAUAAUUUAAUUUUUAUCAGGUUUGAGAGGGAUACGAAGAUUGUAAAUAAGAUAAUUUACUUUGUAUCAAGACUUGUCAACCAAUACGUCCUUUGUUUCUUGAUUUUUAAGGAAAUUUUGGAAGGAAGUAAAUAUCCAACAUGGUUAUAUGGAAUUUUCGUUUCAAACAUGAUCAAUGUUGUAUCAUCAAACACUCUGUGCUUCGCCGUAUCAUAUACAUUCAGAAAUUUGUUGGAAAUUGAUUUUCAUACACCAAUUUUCGAUUAUUUCUUAUGUAAUUGGCUCGCACACAAAGCAAUUAAUGCGUAUAGCAUAAUAUACAUCUUUUUAACCAAGAGAACUGCGUUUUCAGCAAGAGAUGACGAUACAUUUGAAUUUGAUGAGGCUUUAGGUAAUACUAUAGGUAUUAUCGGCAACCAUGUACCUUUUAUUGAUCGAGUAGUCAACGUUCCUCAGGUAUUUGUCUCAAUUUUGUUGAAUUUUUUAUGGAACACAUUAAAUGCAGACAAAAAUUACGGAGUAACCGAAUUUCUCAUGGCCCCGCGACCAAAUGUAUUCUGGUCUGCGUUUCCGAGCCAUUCAAGUGUCGGAAUUACGAAAUUAGACCUGAAAGAGUCUCCUGUUGAAGGUCCUUCCUUUAUGUUAUGCUACAGAUUCCUUCAGAAAUGGCUCUGUUAUGCCGUACAAUCGGGAAUGUUAGGUCUUGUCGAUGAAAAUUCAAUUUACUUGUUUAAAUCGGAUAAUUGUGAUUUUUUCGUGCAUAUUAUAUCACUGACUCCGUCAGCCGUAUAUUUCCAGCUCAGAGGACUCGAAUUAGACCAAGUUGGCGCAUGUCAUACGAAAGAAAGCAGAUUUUUGACUGAUAUCCAAGCGCCAUGGAAUUGCUUUUACCUGGGAUUAACGAUGCUUAAUACGAACUUUAAUUUAAUCAAGCCUAAUAUUGAAAUGAUGUUUUAUCAAAUUCGUAAAACUGAUUUGAACUCAGUACUCUUGGUUUACCAUUCAAACUUAGAAAACGCAAUCGAUGGGAUACUCACUGACUUCUGUAUGCGAAAUGUUGACAUUUUACACCAAGUAGAAACAAAUUCAGAGGAAGAUUUACAAAACGAUCAAUUUCCUCAGAAUUUGGGAGAAUCUAGAAAUAAUAGUAAUAUUGACCCUGAUCAUCAUGAAAGUGAAGAUCAAUCUGAAAACAGCCAAAGAGAAGAAAAUAAUGAAAAUCAAAUGCAAAAUCAAAAUCCUGAACCACAAAAUCAGAACCAUGAAGAGCAAAAUAAUGCUGGUAAUCCACAAAAUCAGCCUCAAAACCCUGAAAACUCAGAAAAUAAUGAGAUUCAUCCCGAAAUCAAUGAAAGAAUCAACGAGCGAAUCAUAGCUAUAUCAAGAGAAGUUAAAAGGUUGAUUUUCAACUACGAACCAGGCUUCCAAAGGCUAAGUUCUUUAAAUACGGAAAAUUUUUAUUAUUUAUUCUCCGGAAAUACCAGCCAUACUCUGAAUACAUGGUUAGUUAACCAUGAACAUUUGAUGUCCAGGAUAGUUAGACCCACAAUUCAAACGAUGUUUCGAGAAAUUAUUAAUUCAAGUCUCAAUAUUGAACUUGAAGAUUUUCAGUUAGCAGUUGUUGCAUCCAUUGACAGUAUAGAGUUCAAACGAGCCAUAGAAAAAAGAAAACCUGUUAUUCUUACGAUGAUAUUUGACAGAGAAACCCGUGAAGUCAAAUCAGUUAUAUAUUACAACUCUGUAUCCCAAUUCCAGUGCUUUAAGAUGAAUUCUUUUGACGUUUUUUCAUUAUGGGCAACGGAUAUUUUUGAAAAAACAAUAGGCGUGCAAGAAAUUGAAAAACUACAGUCAUGGUAUAAUUUAACAAAGCAUGUCAUUAGCGCUGUUGAUAGACCUUUUGGAACUGUCGCUUAUGCUUCUCCUGUUGGAGUUUCAUAUAAUAAUUUUAUUGUUUGA